UUUUCAGGGAAUUCAUUCUAGACAUCUUUACAAUCUCGUAAAUUUCAAAUAUUCAACAUGGUCUUAAAAUAAUAGUGCGACACUUGGCUGAUAAGAUUGUCUUGGCUGAACUAGCCUAUUAUCUACUUCACACUUUACCUGUGCCGGCAGUGUCUUAGAACCCAGGUACCAAAGAUAGCCUGUUGUGACUUACCUCCUCCCAUUAUAUGUAUAUAGCGUUAACGAAGGAUUUGAUCCUUUGCUCAAUGGUAAAAAAAAUUGUUUCCAGUGCGGCUCUGAAUUACUGUUUAUGCUCAACAGGCGUGUCGUGCUUUCCUGUACAAAGUACCAUGAGCGCUUAUAGUAUUCGCUCGGUCAAAUUGUACGGUGUGUCAGUCCAGUGAUCUGUCGUGUUAUUUAUAUGUGUUCCAAGGCGAUUUUUCAGGAUUUUGCCGAUAUUGAUCUGAACGGAAGCAUAUCCCAAAGAUGGAGGAAACUACGUAACUGCUGCUCCCUCAGAGGCUUCAAGGGGCACGAGAACGCCUCGGAAGCGUCGCGUACCACCCUCCUAGACAGCUCUAGUCCCCAAACUCUAGUCAGCACGCCGCAGGCGACGUCCUACCGUCGCCUGCCCGGUGCCAAAAAGGCCAGCGUCCAAGAUGUCCUCCGCGCCAAAUUGAACAGCAUUCACGUAGGACUCAGGAAGUCACGCGGCCUCUCCGUCCAGGAAGUGUUCAGCGGCAAUUUCAACGACUCCAAACAGCCGACGUUUUAUAUUCCGUCCCCCGUCACCUCGCCGUCCGGCUCGGAUCCGGUAUCGAUCACCGUGUCGGACUCCCCGUUGCAGAGGGAGGGUUCCGACGCCAGGAGGAGGACGCGCUUCAGGAGGAGAUCCGUGAAUUCGGGGUUGGAACGUGACUGCGGCUACGACAGCUGCGAGAGCCAACUCUACGAUUCCCUACCCUUCGAGCCGCCACCCGAUUACGACGUGAUCGAUGACAAGUUCUCGGAUAAGAACACGAGGAGGUGGUCGGUGGUGGGCACCGUGCCCUCCAACGCCCACAUCUCCAACAACCCCAGGUUCAGCCUGGAAAUGGCCAAGAUCAAGAUACCGAAGACGAAGCUGAACAAGAAGCACUCGGAGAGGGCUAGGUCGCAUUCGCCGAGCAAGAGGGAGGCGAACAACAAGCUCGGGGACGCUUCCAAGUACCCUCCCUCGAAGGUAGUCAAUUCGAGGACCCAUCACGAAUUGAUGGGCAAAAAACAAAGGCCGGAAGUCAAUCAAAGCGGUGAAUGUGGCCGGAUGAACGCCACUUACAAUAAGCAGGAUUGGCUGGAGGAGUUGGAGGAAGUUGAGGAAGAGGAGGAAGAAAGUAAAUUUUGUACAUUGCCACGAGGGGGGUGCAGUACAUUUACUAUAAGACAGGUUGUCUUUCACAAAGGGCAUGGCACCAAAGCGUUGGGUUUCAGUAUUGUUGGAGGGAGGGACUCCCCCAAAGGAAAUAUGGGAAUCUAUGUCAAAACGAUCUACCCUAAUGGACAGGCAGCUGAAAAUGGUACCCUCAGGGAAGGUGAUGAAAUUUUGGCUGUAAAUAGUAAACCACUCCAUGGAGUCUCUCAUCAAGAAGCCAUCGAUGUCUUCAAACAGAUUCGUUCGGGACAAGUUCUUCUGCAUAUUGGAAGAAGAGUUACUAAAAAGUCCAGAGAACGAAUUUCUUGAAAACACAUGCGUGAACGUUAUUCCCAAAACUAUAUUCCAAAGAUUAUGUUAGUAUAUAAUGCUUUUGUAAUAAUCUUUAUUAAUUUUUAUACUGAUAUCAAAUUUUUCAACCA